AUGGCAAAACAAAGAUUAACAGCACUCGACAUACGUGCCAUUGUUACAUUAUGUAAAAAGAAUAUCGUCGGAUGUAUUGUAACAAAUAUUUACAAUAUUUCUAAUAAGAUAUAUGUGAUAAAAUGUUCAAGGAAAGAACAAAAACUUUUUUUCCUCGUUGAAGCAGAAAAGAGAAUACAUAUAACGGAAUGGAAAAGAGAAAAGGAUGUGAUGCCUUCAUCAUUUACUAUGAAAUUAAGAAAACAUUUACGUUCACGUAAAAUUUCGAAUAUUAAACAAUUAGGAGCUGAUCGAGUUAUUGAUAUACAAUUUGGAUAUGAUGAAAAGGCAAGUCAUUUAAUUGUAGAAUUAUAUAUUGCAGGAAAUAUAAUAUUAACUGAUGAGAAUUAUAAGAUCCUUAGUAUUUUAAAGAGUAAUGAUACUAUUAUGGGAAAAAAAUAUAAUGUGAAUGAUAUAUAUAAUGUGGAAGAACACAUGUCUGUUUUAUUAUAUAAGAAUUUGAAAGGACCAGAUGAUAAGGAAUAUUUAAAAAAAUGUAUAAUGGAAAUAUUGUUAUAUUAUAAUAAUAUUAAUAUGGAUACCUUAAUUUUGAAAGAUGGUGAUGAAAUAUCUAAUAAUAUAAAUAACGUUUCUAAUGUUAACCCGAAUGGUAUAUUAAAUAAUGGAGAUAUUAUAGAAUAUAAUAAAUUGUGUUUGAAAAAUAGUGGUACUGUUCCAAAGAAGAAUGGUAAUAAUAAUGAUAAUAAAAAGUUUGCCACAAAGGGGAAAGAGAAAUGUAAAAAUGAAAGUAAUAAAAAUAAUGAAAGUAAUAAAAAUAAUAAAAGUAAUAAAAAUAAUAAAAGUAAAAACAAUAAUGAUAGUAAUAAUGUAAAGAAUGCUCAUAAUAAUAAUGAUAAGGUUGAAAAUCCUAAUUGCAGUGAUAAUGAAAAAAUGAAGAAGGUAAAAAAAUUAAAAACGCUAUGUGAUUUAGGUUCUAAAUUAAUAUUAUUCGCGCAUAACGAUUUAAUAAUACAUUCCUUUUUGGAAUGUGAGGUAAAUCCUUUAGAUUUAUUAGAAAACUAUGAUAUAAAUAGAUUAUGUGAAAUAUUUUGUCAUGUAAUAAAGGAGUGUUUAUCAAUAUUAAAUAAGUUAAGUGAUGAAACGUGUACGAUAAAGGGAUAUGGAUUUUAUAAUUUAGAAAAUGACAAUAAUAAUAAUAAUAAAAAAAAAAAUAAUAAUAAUAAUAAUAUUAAUAAUAAUAUGUAUAAUAUGCAUAAAAAGGAUCAAGAUAAUGAUAAAAAAGAAUUAAGAAAUAAUAACAAUACGGAAAAAAAAGAAGAAUAUAAUUUCACGGAGUUCUCUCCAAUUAUUCUUAAGAAUAAUGAAGUGAAAUUAAAUGAGAACAAAAUAAAAUAUAUAUCUUUUGAUGAUUUUAAUUUAUGUGUGGAUACAUAUUUCAGUAAAUUGGAAUUAUCCAAAUAUGAUAAGCAACAAGAAAUUACUAAGAGUAAAAAUGCAAUAACAAAGGUAGAUAAGAUAAAAUUAGAUCAUGAAAGGAGAAUUGAACAAUUGGAAAAAGAAGUAUUAUUAUUAAAAAAGAAGAUAACGUUAAUACAAUUAAAUGAUGUAUUAAUCGAAGAAGGAAUUAAAUUAAUGCGUUCAGCACUUUCUACCAGUGCAAAUUGGGAAAAAAUAUGGGAGCAUAUACAAAUAUUUAAGAAGCAAGAACAUCCAAUAGCAGUGCGUAUAAAAUCGGUAAAUUUUAAGAAUUGUGAAAUGGAUUACGAAUUAAGUGACUGUGAUGAUGAUGAUGAUGAUAAUGAUGAUGAUAAUGAUGAUAAUAAUAAAUCAUGUGUGAAACCUAAAAUGUUUGCUGUUACCAUUAAUUUAAACAACUCUGUUUAUGGAAAUAUCGAAGAUUAUCAACGAUUAAGAAAAAAGGCAGAAGAAAAAAUUAGGAAGACAAAAAUGGCUACCGAUUUUGCUGUUAAAAAAGUUGAAAAGAAAAAGAAAAACAAAGAUAAUAAUAAACAAAAAGGAAAAGCAAAAUCAAGUGUUGGUCAUAUUCAAAAGUUAAGAAAAGUUUAUUGGUUUGAAAAAUUUCAUUGGUUUAUAUCUUCUGAAAAUUAUUUAGUGAUUGCUGGAAGAGAUGCUUUACAAAAUGAAAUAUUAUUUAGAAGAUAUUUUCAGAAGAAUGAUAUUUAUGUACAUGCAGAUAUACAUGGUGCAGCAUCUUGUAUUAUUAAAAACCCUUAUAAGGAUACACCUAUUCCUGACAAGACACUUUCUGAAGCUGGUCAGUUGGCCAUAUGUCGAAGUUCUGCUUGGAACAACAAAAUAAUUACCUCUGCCUGGUGGGUAUAUUACAAUCAGGUGAGUAAGUCGGCUCCUAGUGGUGAAUAUUUAAAAACGGGUUCUUUUGUAAUAAGAGGAAAGAAGAAUUAUUUGCCUCAUGUAAAAUUGGAAAUGGGUUUUUGUGUUCUUUUUCAAAUCGAGAAAAAUGAAGACUUGAAUGUGGAGGACCUUCCUUUGGAGGAGAAUAAUAUGGAUAUUGAUGAUAUAAAAAGGGAGGAUGACAAAGGUGAUGACUUGUCAAAUAAUAAUAUGAUAGAUGGGUUAGAUAAUAAUGUAUGUGAUAGUAUACCUGCUAAUAAUGAUAAGAACAAUGUUGAUAAGAACAAUGUAGAUAAGAACAAUGUAGAUAAGAACAAUGUAGAUAAGAACAAUGUUGAUAAGAACAAUGUAGAUAAGAACAAUGUAGAUAAGAACAAUGUAGAUAAGAACAAUGUAGAUAAGAACAAGAAUGUUCAUACUUAUGUGAAUUAUUUAAACAAUAUUUCAGUUCAUUAUACAAAUAAAGAGCAUGGUGUUGGAAUUACUGAAGAUAAAAUAAAAGAAAAUGAUUCUGUUAAAUAUUUGGUACCAAACAGAUUUAAUAACAUUUAUAUCUUGGAAAAAAAUAAUAUGUUGAAUGUUUCUGGUAUAAAAGGAACGAACGAGAAUGAAAAGUAUGAUAGCAGAGAUAUACAUAUAAAAAUAUUGUAUAAUAUAUUAAGUGAUGAUAUAUUUAAGACACAUUUUUUCCAUAAAUCUGCUUUGUCUUGGUAUAAUAUAAAAUCAAAGAGUUAUAUAAUAAAAAGAAAGAAAAAUGGAAAUGCAUUUAAUAAAUAUAUAUACUACUUAACAAGAAAUAAGAAAGAUAUAUAUAAAAUGAUUUGUAUUUUAUAUCCUUUAGUAGUAUAUAAUAUAUUAAGAAAAAUGAAUAACCCUACUUAUAUUUAUAAAAGUAAAUAUGUUAAUAAUAUAUGUGUUAACAAAUUUUAUCAUGCGUUUUGUAAAAUAAUAAAAUAUUUUUUCCACAUUUAUAAUAUAUUAAUUAGGAAAGGUGAUAGAUGUUUCAAAAGGGAAAAUUUUUUUGAAAUAUAUAAAUAUAAGAAUUAUAUAAUAAGGGUAUUUUUUAAAGGAUUAAGGGGUAAAAGAAUAUUAGUUGAUAGUAUAUAUAAUUUUCUUAUUUUUAUGGAUAGCACAUUGUAUGAAAGAUAUAAAUGGACACACGUUGUAAGUAAUAUAUUUUCUUUAUCAUGUUAUAAUAAAGAUGUAGAAAAGGAUAAUUAUGGAAAUGUAUAUAAAAAUAUGUAUAUGGAGAAAAGUAUGGAUUUUGUAAAUAAGAAGAUGUUAAAUUAUAUAAUAAAUUAUGAGGAGAAUUGUAAUUUCGAGAAUUACGAUUAUGAUAUUAAUUUUUGUAAGGAAAAGGCUUGUUUUGUUGAAUGUGAGGUUUAUGGUAGGCCCGUAACAUUUAAAGAGGAUUCUGAUGAAGAAAUAGUUUGUUCGGAGAAAAAGAAUGAAAAUAUAACAAAUGAAGAAGGUGUUAAUUCUUUAUGUAGUAGUAGUUAUAGUGAAAUUAGUGAUACUAAUAAAGGAAAUAAGAAAAUGAAAAAGAAGAAUGUAACUUUUUUAUGUGAUGAUGAGGAUAAGAUGGAUGUGUCGAGGGUUUCGAGACCAAGGGAACUUACGGGUUUUAUAAAAACGGAUGUUAAUAAAUUAUUGAAAGAGAUUGAAAGUGAGGAGAACUCGAAUAUUGGGAAUAUAAAUAGUGAUAAUUCGAAUGAGGAGAAUAAAAAGGAGAGGUGUGUAUCAUUUAAAAUCGAAGCAAAUAAUGAUAAUGUUAAUUAUGAUAAGAGAUCAAAUGAUAAUAUAUCUAGACCAUUUAGAUCACGAAAAGGAACUGGUUAUGUAAAAAUGGAUAUGAAUAAGUUGUUAAAGGAAAUAGAAGAAGAUGAGACUAAGGAUAUCAAUGAUGAUGAAAAGAAGAAACAGGUAACUUUUAAAAGGAAGAAUAUAGAUAGUGACGUGGUAAAAAGGACUGUGUCUUUUUCAUCCGAGGAAGAACAUAUAUGUAUUGAGCAACCUGCUUCAUUGUAUAUGCCAAGACCUGUAAGGACAAGAAAGGCCACAGGUUUUGUUAAAAUGGAUAUGAAGAAAUUGUUAGAUGAAAUAGGAGUUGAUGAUAUUUAUGAAGAAAAGGAUGAUGAGAGAAAGAACGAAGACAUGGAUGUUGAACAAAAUGUACAAAAUGGUGAAAACAGAUUUGGUGAGAAAGGAAAGAAGGUGGCCUUUGAGAGUUACAAGAAUAAUGAUGUUAUAAAAAAGAGUGUAUCUUUUUCAUCCGAAGAGGAAUAUAUACCUGUUGACGAACCCGUGUCUUUGAAAGUCACUAGACCGGUGAGAUCAAGGAAAGCUACUGGUUUUGUUAAAAUGGAUGUUAGUAAAUUAUUACAACAGAUAGAUUCCGAUGAACGUAAUGAGGAAAUGAAAAAUGAUGAUAAGAAAGAAAAAAGGGUAACCUUCAAAAAUAAGGAUAUAAGUAGCGAAUUAGUGAAGAAAAGUACAACAACGUAUACAUCUGAAGAUGACUAUAAUAUUUCUUCAAAGAAUUCUGAAUCUUCUCCUAUGGUUCGACCUGUGAGGACAAGAAAACCAACAGGUUUUGUUAAAAUGGAUGUUAGUAAAUUAUUAAGAGAAGUAGAAUAUGAAGAAGAAGGAGAUGAUGGGACCAGUGUCAGGUUGCAUAAUAAUAUUAGAAGUAACGAUAUAAUUAAGAAAACGGUUUCCUUUUCAUCAGAGGAGGAAUAUAUUCCUGUUUAUCAAUCGGAAGAAAGAGUGAAUAAUGCAAGACCUGUGAGGACGCGUAAGGCUACAGGUUUUGUUAAAGUGGAUAUGAGUAAAUUAUUAAAGGAGGUCGAGCAAGAAUUACAAGAAGAAGAAGAAGAAGAAAAUGAUAAUGAUGAUGAUGCUGUGGAAGGAAAAAAAAAAAAAAAGCGCAGAGAGCAGAUAGAAUAUGAUAUAAAGGGUGAAGAAGAAAAUAAGAAUAAUGAUGAUGAUAAUUUGAGAAAAGAUAAAAAGGUAACGUUUAAUGAUAAAGUAUGUGAGCUAAUGAACAAAAAGAAUGUUUCUUUUUCAUCGGAAGAAGAACAUAUUCCUGUUGAAGAACGUGUGUCGUUAAGUAUGGUGAAGCCCGUGAGAACACGAAAACCUACUGGUUUUGUAAAUGUUGACGUUAGCAAAUUGCUUAGGGAUAUAGGAAGUAAGGAUUUUAAGGAUGAAGAUGAAGAAAAAAGUGAAGAAAAAAGUGAAGAAAAAAGUGAAGAUGAAAGUGAAGAAAAAAGUGAAGAUGAAAGUGAAGAUGAAAGUGAGGAUGAUGAUGACGAUGGUGAUGAUGAUGAUGAGGAAGAGGAGGAGAAUACGAGUGAAGGAUAUUCAGGUGAAAAGAAAAAUACAAAUUAUGAUAAUCAUAAUGUUAAUGAUAAAGAAGGAUUCAAUAAAUCAGGUGAUGAUAAUUCCUAUGUAGAGGACAUUUAUGGUAAUAAUAAAAAUAACAUGAAAAGAAAUAAAGAAAAUGAUAAAUUAAAAAAAAAUGUUUCUUUUGAAUAUAAUGAAAAUGAAAAUAAAAAUGAAAAUAAAAAUAAAAAUAAAAAUAAGAAUAAUGUACAUUUAUUAAGAGGGGCAAGAACGAAGAAAAAGCGUAUGAAGAAAAAAUAUAAGGAGCAAGAGGAUGAUGAGGAAUCAAGGCUAUUGCAUAUGAAAAUAAUUGGCUCCAAAAUG